CAGACCUGGAAGAUAGUCCAGUGGAUUGUAUCAGCAGCCCAAAGCCCUGAACCGUGUGCAUACACACUGGACUGAAUGACGAGACAGAAUGGCAGGAGGCAGGAGAGGACUCGUGGCCCCUCAAAACACUUUCCUGGAAAAUAUUGUUAGAAGGUCUAAUGACACCAAUUUUGUAUUGGGUAAUGCCCAGAUUGUAGACUGGCCCAUUGUGUACAGCAAUGAUGGAUUCUGCAAACUCUCAGGAUACCAUCGGGCCGAGGUUAUGCAAAAGAGCAGCACUUGCAGGUACUUACAUGGUGAGCUCACGGACAAGGAAACGAGUGCAAAAGUCCGGCAAACCUUUGAAAACUAUGAGAUGAACUCAUUCGAAAUACUCAUGUAUAAGAAAAACAGGAUGCCUGUAUGGUUCUUUGUCAAAAUUGCCCCAAUUCGAAACGAACAGGACAAAGUGGUAUUAUUUCUGUGCACCUUUAGUGACAUCACAGCUUUUAAGCAGCCUAUUGAAGAUGAUUCAUCCAAAGGCUGGGGUAAAUUUGCUCGCCUGACGAGAGCUCUAACGAGCAGUCGAGGAGUACUGCAGCAACUCGCUCCAACCAUGCACAAAGGAGAAAAUGUUCACAAGCACUCCAGACUAGCCGAGGUGCUGCAACUUGGCUCUGAGAUUCUUCCACAGUACAAGCAAGAAACACCAAAGACUCCCCCUCAUAUCAUUCUUCAUUACUGCGCCUUUAAGACCACCUGGGACUGGGUCAUCCUCAUUUUAACCUUCUACACUGCUAUCAUGGUCCCUUACAACGUUUCUUUUAAAACCAAGCAGAACAAUGUUACAUGGCUGGUGGUCGACAGCAUUGUGGAUGUAAUAUUCCUGGUGGACAUCGUGCUCAAUUUCCACACCACGUUUGUUGGACCAGCAGGGGAGGUUAUUUCUGACCCAAAGCUUAUCCGCAUGAACUACCUGAAGACGUGGUUUGUGAUAGACCUGCUUUCUUGCUUGCCCUACGAUGUCAUCAACGCCUUUGAAAAUGUGGACGAGGGAAUCAGUAGCCUCUUCAGCUCCCUGAAGGUUGUCAGGCUCCUUCGAUUGGGCAGAGUGGCUCGCAAGCUGGAUCACUAUAUUGAGUAUGGAGCUGCAGUUUUGGUGCUGUUGGUGUGUGUGUUUGGACUGGCUGCUCAUUGGCUGGCCUGUAUCUGGUACAGCAUUGGGGACUACGAGGUCAUCAACGAGGAAACCAAUUCACUACGGACUGACAGCUGGCUUUAUACGCUGGGAGAGUCUAUUGGGAUGCCAUAUAGAUUUAACAUAUCGGGGAGUGGAAAAUGGGAAGGUGGACCAAAUAAAGACUCGGUAUACAUCUCUUCAUUGUAUUUCACAAUGACCAGCCUCACUAGUAUUGGAUUUGGAAACAUCGCCCCAACCACCGAUGGAGAGAAAAUCUUUGCAGUGGCCAUGAUGAUGAUUGGUUCUCUCCUGUAUGCAACCAUCUUUGGUAACGUGACCACAAUCUUCCAGCAAAUGUAUGCCAACACCAACAGAUACCAUGAGAUGCUGAACAGCGUGCGUGACUUCCUGAAACUCUACCAGGUCCCCAAAGGUCUGAGCGAGCGAGUCAUGGACUACAUUGUCUCCACCUGGUCCAUGUCCAGAGGCAUAGAUACUGAAAAGGUUUUACAGAUCUGCCCAAAGGAUAUGAGAGCCGAUAUCUGUGUGCACCUGAACCGCAAAGUCUUUAAAGAGCACCCGGCUUUCAGACUGGCAAGUGAUGGCUGCUUACGGGCCUUGGCCAUGGAGUUCCAGACCACCCAUUGUGCGCCUGGGGACCUGAUUUACCAUGCAGGCGAAAGUGUAGACAGCCUCUGCUUUGUGGUAUCGGGGUCCUUGGAAGUUAUACAAGAUGAUGAAGUUGUAGCCAUUUUGGGAAAGGGAGACGUGUUUGGGGAUGUAUUCUGGAAGGAAGUCACCCUGGCCCAGGCCUGUGCCAACGUCAGAGCACUCACGUACUGCGACCUGCACGUCAUCAAACGGGAUGCCUUACAGAAAGUCCUGGAGUUCUAUACAGCCUUCUCCAACCACUUCUCCAGAAACCUGCUGCUGACCUACAACCUGAGAAAAAGGAUUGUUUUCCGAAAGAUCAGUGAUGUGAAGCGUGAGGAAGAAGAGCGACUGCGAAGGAAGAAUGAAGCCCCGCUCAACCUCCCGCCAGACCACCCUGUGCGGCGGCUCUUCCAGAGGUUCAGACAACAGAAGGAGGCCCGGCUGGCUGCUGAACGAGCCAAAGGCCAAGAUGAGCCUGACGUGGAAAAGGGGUCAGUCCAGGUGGAGCACACACGGCCGGACGUGAUUGCCACCACCAGCAUCGUCACGGUUACAGAGAGUCCCGCCACCCCAGUCCCUUCAGUAUCGGUUAAUGCCUCCACUUCAAGAGAGUCUGACCGGGCAAAACUGCAAGCCCCCACAGUGUCAAACUAUGCAGGCAGCAAAUCAGCUGAGACCACCAAAGGAAAAGGCUGGAACAGAUUCAAAGACCCUGUCAGGAAAGCAGACAACUGGAACAAAGUUUCGAAAGCGGAAUCCAUGGAGACUUUAAAAGAAAGAACUAAGGUUCCCGAGGAGACUUCCUUAAAGAAAACGGAUUCCUGCGACAGCGGCAUUACAAAAAGUGAUUUACGGUUGGAUAAUGUCGGAGAGGUUCGGAGCCCCCAAGACCGAAGUCCUGUUCAGGCAGAUGCUAAACACAUGUUUUUACCAAUUCCUGAGCAAACCAUUCAGGCUUCAAUCUCAGAGCUAAAGCACGAACUGAAGGAGGACAUCAAAGCCCUAAACAACAGGAUGUCCUCCCUAGAAAACCAACUUGAUGAAAUUCUUAGAAUAUUAAAGUCUAGGAAAUUCCGAAAUUCACCCCAGGACUUGUUUGAAAUAUCAAGACCAGGGUCCUCUGAGUCAGACAAGGAUGACGUUUUUUAAUGAUUUUUACAUGGUUUGGAAAUUGGACUUCAAUGUAUGCCUUGGAAGAGGUGCAUGGACUAUGUGAUAAAACUACAUUUUAUCAACAGUACAGUGGUUACUUCUAAUAGUACAGGGAAAAAAUAAGUUUAUGGGCACAGAGCCAUUCAUGGUUCUAGUGUAUGGUAAACAUAGCAUAUCGUGAAGUUGUUCUUUGUUAUUGCAUCUGGGACUAUACUACUGUACACUAUAAUGUAUUUCCAUUUGAUUUCUUGUGUAAUCUAGCUGCAUAUCUGAGAUCUAAUAGGCUUUUUUUUUUUGUAGCAUUUAAAAAUGGAAGAGAGCAGAACUAUACUUUGAUUUAUGAAAGUAGCCUGCCCAUUUCUAACAGAUAACCAAUUUUAGAAUCGUUUCAAUUAAAAAAUAGCCCCGUUUGCUUUUAGAUCAUAAUUAAAUAUCAGUUUAACUCCUUUUUGGAUAAACAGAGCUGCUAUUCCCUUUUUUAUUUGAUGGCAACAAAAACUAAAAACGCUCAGGACCAUCGUAUUGACCCUGGUCUGAAAGAUCCUGCGUGAGUCAAGGUAGAUGUUUCAUGAUUCAUGUUUUAGUCCCCAGAUCCCCAGGCGUGGUUACUUAUUAACUUCUCUAGAAUAUCACACAGGCACCACAACAGUUCACAAGCAAAAUGUAACUACUGGCACAUCCCCACAUCAGUAUUGAUAUAUGUCCCGUUCUAGGGAUGUCUCAGUCCUUUUAGAUCCUCCUGUGUUUUUCCAGUAUCAGCCUGGCCAGAUAUUUACUAAUGCUAGGUUGUGAUCAGGACGAGAACCUGGAUGAGAUUUUGCUGGAACAAUUUACUUUCCCUGCUGUUGUGAGGAUACUUAUCCACCUUACCUCAGGUCUCAAAAUUAAAUGUGAAUUAAUGAUAAGUAACGGUAUUCCGUCAAACCAGUGGAAAACUGAAAUGUGUUUUUCGGACUGGUCUUCAAAUAUCAUUGUUAGUCUCUCUAGUUUGCGCUAUACAGUUUCAUGUUACUGCUGCUACUUCUCCUGUAUCUGUGUAAAACUCCUUGCUUGUAACCUUGGUUACCAGUUUUCUUAUCUCAUCAACAUUUUCCCAUACUGAAGGCAUGCCUCGUUGCGUAACACCAACGCACAUUUUAUUUCCUCUGCCUCCCCUCCUUCAUCUGCAUGUAUGGCUGUUUUUUUAAUAGAUUGUAAUGUACCCUAUAUUCAUUCCUGCUUUUCUAUUCCCCUAUAGUCAUAUGCAAAAUAAAAAAAUUAUGAGAUUAUAUAUAUAUAAUAAAAAAGGUAAUGUAGGUGCAUAACAAUAUGAAUAAUGGAUAAAAAAAAUUAUAUUAUAUCAGGUGGGUUUGGACUACAAGUCCUUCAUCAGCUGGAUGGAAAAAGCAACGCUGUAGACAUCACCAUCACUGCUUCUAAUUUGGCCAUCAACACCACCAUUUUCUACAAAGAAACAGACUCACAUUCAUACCUGAGAUACAACUCUUCACAUCCUAAAGCUUUUCGUGACUCCAUUCCGUACUCCCAGUUAUUAAGACUGAGAUGCAUUUGCAGUGAUGACAGUGAUUUUUUUAAACUAAACAUGAAAUGUAUGCAUUUUUCAGAAACUGCGGUUUUCCAGACACAACCAUUAGAGAAGCACAGUUACAUGUAUCUACGAUAAACUGAAAGGAUGCUUUGUACAAAAGCAACACAAGGAAUACUAAUAAUCAUAUCCCCAUUGUUCUUACUUGAGAAAAACUGCUUUUUUUAUUAUUAAUAAUAUCUUUAUUUUUAUAUAGUGCUUUUCAUAGUGGACCACCAUAA